UAGCAGAGUUGAAAACCUGGAGUGCAGCAUAAGCGAAGUCCAUGCUGCGAAGUGAGGAAAGACUGAAAGAAAGAGCAUAUAGCAGAGAGAACAAUGAAACUGGGUGGAAUCAAAUCGGUGGAGAACGCGCACGACGAUUCGGUGUGGGCGGUCACAUGGGUACCCGCAACCGCCACCCGACCACCGCUCCUCCUGACCGGCUCUCUCGACGAAACCGUCCGUCUCUGGAGAUCUGACGAACUCGUUUUGGAGCGCACCAACACCGGCCACUGCCUCGGCGUCGCUUCCGUCGCCGCUCACCCCCUCGGCUCCAUCGCCGCUUCCUCUUCGCUCGACAGCUUCGUUCGCGUCUUCGAUGUCGAUUCCAACGCCACCAUCGCCACCCUCGAGGCUCCUCCCUCUGAAGUCUGGCAAAUGCGUUUCGAUCCCAAGGGUGCCAUUCUAGCAGUUGCUGGCGGAGGUAGUGCAUCAGUCAAGCUUUGGGACACUUCCACGUGGGAACUGGUUGCUACUCUUUCAAUUCCUCGUCCAGAAGGUCCCAAACCUACUGACAAAAGCAGCAGCAAGAAAUUUGUGCUGUCAGUUGCAUGGAGCCCUGAUGGAAAACGACUGGCUUGUGGCUCAAUGGAUGGCACCAUUUCUGUUUUUGAUGUACCACGUGCCAAAUUUUUACAUCACCUUGAAGGUCACUUCAUGGCUGUGAGAUCUCUUGUUUAUUCUCCUUAUGAUCCAAGGCUACUGUUUACAGCUUCAGAUGAUGGUAACGUCCACAUGUAUGAUGCUGAGGGAAAAGCAUUAGUCGGGACCAUGUCAGGCCAUGCUAGUUGGGUAUUGUGUGUGGAUGUGAGCCCAGAUGGGUCAGCCAUUGCCACAGGUUCUAGUGAUAGAUCUGUAAGGCUAUGGGAUCUUAGCAUGAGGGCAUCUGUUCAGACAAUGAGCAACCAUACAGACCAGGUAUGGGGAGUGGCUUUUAGACCACCUGGAGGUAAUGACGUGCGAAGUGGUCGGCUUGCUAGUGUAUCAGAUGACAAGAGCAUUUCCCUGUAUGAUUAUUCCUGAUUUGCAUAUUGCGCACGAUAAGGAGACGGUGUAUUUGUACUUUUUGUGGAAUGUUAUCAACUUGUAGUGCUUUCUCUUUACAAAAUGAUUUGAAAAAAAUGCAUCCUUGUACAUACUGUAUGCGAGUU